UUCGUUCCUUUACGCGUCUAUCACUGUUUCAAUCACGAUGGCACUUGUUAAACUACUCCCAAGUCCCAAGUGUCUGAAGACGUUACCAUUGACUGACCCACCUGGUCCCACCAUGAGAUGAGACCUCUUUCUUCAUCCUCCGAUGAAUAAAAACAAAAUAACAACAACAAAAAAAAAAACAGAUUAACGCCCAAAACACGUGCCCACUCACACUUUUGAUAACAGCUAAUUGAGCACACACCUCAGUACGAAGCAGUGGCCAAUUUACCAUUGACACUGCCCAUUGUUAACUUUACUCCACACUUCUCCUUUCCCACUGAUGAAACCAACCAUGGAACAAAACCCCUUCAAAACCCACCUCUAUAUUUUCUUCCUCUUCUUCUUUUCCUUUAAAGCCACCGCUUAUUCCGUCGGCGUCAACUACGGCACCGUCGCCGACAACCUCCCGCCGCCUUCCCAGGUCGCCACCUUCCUCAAGACCCGUACCACCAUCGACCGCGUCAAGAUCUUCGAUGCCAAUCCCGACAUCCUCCGCGCCUUUGCCGGCACCGGCAUCGCCGUCACCGUCACCGUCGGAAACGGCGACGUCCCCUCCCUCGCCAAGCUCCCCGCCGCCCAGUCAUGGGUCGCCAACAACAUCCUCCCCUUCCACCCCAAAACCAUCAUCAACAGCAUCGCCGUCGGCAACGAAAUCGUCGCCACCUCUGACAAGAGCCUCAUCGCGCAUCUCCUGCCGGCGAUGAAAGCUCUCCACUCGGCUCUGAAGCUCGCCAACGUCACAAACGUUCAGGUUUCGACUCCUCACUCCCUCGGGAUCCUCGCCCCCAACUCGGAGCCACCGAGUUCGGGUCGGUUCCGAAGCGGGUACGACCGGGUCGUGUUCGCCCCGAUACUCGAGUUUCACAGGCAGACGAAAUCCCCCUUCAUGAUCAACCCGUACCCGUUUUUCGGGUUCUCGGCGAAGACGCUGAACUACGCGCUGUUCAAGCCAAACGGCGGCGUUUUCGACAACGUUACGGGGUUGAACUACACGAACAUGUUCGACGCCCAGAUGGACGCUGUUUUCUCGGCGAUGAAGAAGGUGGGAUACGACGAUGUGGACAUCGUCGUAGCGGAGACCGGCUGGCCAUCGGCGGGAGACCCGAACCAGCCGGACGUGAACUUGGAAAACGCGCUGUCGUACAACGGAAACCUCGUAAAGCACGUGAGCUCCGGCAAAGGAACGCCGUUGAUGCCGAAUAGGACGUUUGAAACUUACAUUUUCUCCCUCUUCAACGAGAACCUGAAACCCAGCACUUCGGAGCGGAAUUACGGGUUGUUCAAACCGGAUCUGACACCGGUUUACGAUGUGAGCGUUCUACGCAAUGAUCAGGCGCUGGGUCCCACGGCUGAUGUGGCGCAAGCACCAAAAGCCGUUGAUACGAGGAGAAAGUGGUGCGUGCCGAGAUCGGACGCCAGUGACGAGGCGUUACAGAAGAACAUAGACUACGUGUGCAGCGCGGGAGUGGACUGCAAGCCGAUACAAUCCGGUGGGCCCUGCUUUGAUCCCAACACCGUUCGAUCGCACGCGUCGUACGCGAUGAACGCUUACUAUCAGGCGUUUGGGCCUCAGGACUACAACUGUGAUUUUGGCCACACUGGAGUGAUCACUGAUACCGACCCCAGUUACCAGGCUUGCACGUAUCCUUUGGAAGGUGUAAAGUUGCAAAGGUCGGUGGCCGGAAGUUCUGUGAAACUGUGGAACGUGGCUGAGAUAUUUAUUGGAGUUGCUUGCUAUAUUAUGUCCAUACAUUUUGCUUAAACCUGUUUUAUUAAUGAUAUUUAAUAUGUAAUAUGUAGGUUUUAGCUAGUGUUAUUCAAGGUAUAGCUUAUAUGAAAUAGUUCUCCCUAUUAACUUAUUUUGUA